CAACGUCAGUAGACGUUUCAGUUAAACAGGCGCUACUGACCAGCGGGCGAUAAGAAAAAAAAUUUCAAUGAAAUAGAAAAUAUAUAUAAACUAGAUAUAUGUGUAUGAGCUGAGUGAUUCAAUUUAGUUACUUGUGCAUCAAUAUUAAAAAUCAGCAACAUAAAAUUAAACGAAAAAUAAGCGUGCAACGUAAAAGCCAGCUGAAGUGCAGUGAUAACCCAAGUAUUUGUCUGAGAAGAGCAGCCAGUGCAAUUGGCUGUAGUUUAAAGCAAGAGUGUAGAUACAAAAGCGAACAGUCAGCAUUGAACGGUGCACAGCUGCAGGUGGAGGAUGCUGAGCGCAUAGCUGACUUGAUGUCUAUAUAAAUUAGAAAAAUCGUGACGCUACUACCAUAUGCGAACUCAGACGUGAAGAAGUGAUGAGAAUUAAACAAAAAAUUACAAAAAACAAUUAAAUAAUAAAAAUAAAAAUUAUUUUAUUUGAGAUAUUAAAAUAAAAUAAAACACGUUUUUAUUGAAAUUAAACACAGGUGUCUAUAACGCUGCUAAAAGUGACGUGAAGACUCAGCUAAAAAAGUGCAUAAAUCGAAUUCAUUAUAUACAAAAAAUAAUUAUUUUCAAAAUAUAUGAAUAUCAACAACUAAUACGCUUCCCUGACUACACUUCCACUAAAGCACCGCAAUACAAUAUGACCGAAGUGAUUGAGCUGAAUGUUGGUGGCGUACACUACACCACCGUGCUGGACACAUUGCUGCAGGAGAAGUCCUCACAGCUGCACGAACUCUUCAGCAACACCGACGCACUGGUGAAGGACAACAAAGGACGCUACUUUCUGGACCGCGAUGGCGUACUCUUCCGCUACAUACUGGACUAUUUGCGCGAUAAGCAGCUCAGCCUGCCGGAGGGCUUCCGCGAGAAGCAACGCCUACAGCGCGAAGCGGAACACUUCAAAUUGACCGGCAUGUUGGAGUGCCUACGCAACGCCAGCGAUAUGCGUGCCCCCGGCUGCAUCACUAUCGGCUAUCGCGGCAGCUUCCAGUUCGGCAAGGACGGACUGGCCGAUGUGAAGUUUCGCAAACUCUCACGUAUACUGGUGUGCGGGCGUGUGGCGUUGUGUCGCGAAAUUUUCGGUGAUACCUUGAAUGAGUCGCGCGAUCCCGAUCAUGGUGGUCCGGAUCGUUACACAUCACGCUUCUUCCUCAAGCAUUGUUUUAUCGAGCAGGCUUUCGAUAUGCUGCACGAGCGUGGCUUCCGCAUGGCGGGCAGUUGUGGUUCGGGUACGGCGGGUUCGGUGGCGGAACCCAAACCCGGUGUGGACACAGAGGAGAACCGAUGGAAUCACUAUAAUGAAUUUGUUUUUGUGCGCGAAUAAGCAGUUGAUGGUGGCCAAACAACAGUUGUUGUUGUUGUUGUGGCAGUUGAGCAACAGUCGUCGAUUUUAAGUACGCAUUUUUUUAGAUUGUAAGUAGCAGCGGCGUUCGCUUGUCAUGUUGCAUGUGUAUGUGAGAGAUUUGUUGGCGUGGAGACAAAGCAAGUGAAGAAAGUAGUGAGAAAGCAGCCGAUCAUAAAAAGGAUAUGCCACAAAGCUGUAAGAAAAUGGUGAGAAAGCAGCGCACAUAACCGCAGGCAACUCAUACCCCCAAGCCAUUCAGCGAGCUAGUCUUCUGCAACAUAACUUUGCCACAAUGCGAAGCAACAUGUCAUUGCAAACAAUUCUCUGCGCUGCCACACACACACAAAUGAGCGCGUGUGUGCCAUUAGCCAUACUCAGAGCUGUAUUUUUUUCCAUUUUUUAUUACAACUUGCAACGUGCCACACUCGUGCUAAAUAACACUCAGCCAGCGGCAACUUGUUUCUACCGCCUUUAGUGGCACGGGAAGGUCAAAGCAUCCAUAUUGUACGUGGUGUAAAGCAAAAAAUACAGUUAAUGCAUGUCAAGACAAGAAAUGUAUCUCACAAUAUAUGUACACUUAAAUAGUUAGACACACGCAAACACACACGUGCAACAUUUAUGUUGUAUUUGCUCCGUGGAAUGUGCGAAAUAAAAGCAAAGCAGAAAACUGCGUAAAUACUUACCGUAAGUAAAGUGGGAAAAUGCAUACAUACAUACAUGCAAAUAUAUAAAUGGCUAAGCGUUUGCUUAUAUUUAUUUUAAGCACCAAAACGUGUGGCAAUUAAAAUAAAAUAUAAGAUAUGUGCACUUGCCUAUAGAUGAAAGUGACAUCAACUUUUUCACUUAAAGCCACGCAUGCAGGUAAUUAGCUGGCCGGCUCUAUAAACCAGCAAGUACUCAAUGUACUAAGCUGACAUUGGAUGGUUUUUUUUAUAAAAAAGCUAAAGCUCUGCAAAUGGGGAGCAAUUAAAGUUUAGAAUGCCAACUUGCGCUCGCAACACGUAAACACUCAAGAUGCCUUGAGUGCUCUGCUGCUUUCCUUUUGUCAUUUGCGAAAUUUUUGUUGUUGUGGCAAGCGUUUAAUCUGUUACACCAUUUUAAGUGAUCCUAGUUUACAGCCUCCGGCCGCUAGAUGUUUUAUCGAAAGUCAUAAAGUGCAAGUUUUGAUAACAAAAAUAAAUUUCAACUUGGCAUCUCUAGAGUCAAGAGGUGAGUUGAGGCACUAUACUGCAGCGUUCGUUACAGGAAAUGAUGUUGAUGAUCUUUAGUAAUAUCAAACUAGAAUUAAUUUACUGAGCCCGAAUUGUACUUUUAUUAAACAUUUAAAAAAAAUCCAUGUGAAUCAAUAUACACUUGAUUUGUAGGAUUAUUAAAAGCAGGUGUUUGGAGAGCAGUUGACGUUAAGUGCAUGUACUUUAGUCAACAUUGAGCAUAUUACUCCUCAAGCGCACAUACACUAUAUCAUAUAUUGAGUCAGUUCAAGGUGUUUAGUUAAUAAAAUAUCCACGAUAUAUUUCCAUAAACAACUCCUUUGAAUCGAUAUGUUUUCUCAGAUUUGCGUUGACGUUCUCAGUCACAAUAUAGCAACAUAAAAA